AUGUCUGAAGGAGGAGAUGGAAAUAUUAAAGUGGUCGUGCGGUGUCGACCGCUGAACUCACGCGAACUCGCGCGAGGCGCAAAGCCUCUCAUUCGCAUGCAAGGGAACCAGACGUUUCUUGAUCCCCCAGAGGCUGGUUCUUCACAGGAUGCGAAACGAGCGACGGAGCGCAAGACACUCGCAUUUGCCUUCGACAAGAGCUACUGGUCGGCGGGCCCGCGCGACGAGCCAGGCUAUUGUUCUCAGCAAACCCUAUUUGAUGAUCUUGGCAAGGAGCUGCUGGACCAUUCGUUCGGGGGGUUCAAUGCGUGUAUUCUGGCCUAUGGGCAAACUGGCUCGGGAAAGUCCUACUCCAUGAUGGGCUAUGGACCUGACAAGGGAAUCAUCCCUCAGACUUGCUCUGAACUGUUCGUGCGAGUCGAGCAGAAGACGGCCGCUGAUCCCAACGUCCACUUCACUGUCGAAGUUUCCUACAUCGAGAUUUACAAUGAAAAGGUUCGAGACCUGCUGAACCCUAAGAAUACAGGCAACCUGCGUGUCCGAGAACACCCAAGUCUUGGGCCCUAUGUAGAAGACCUCUCCAAGCUCGUCGUCAGUAGCUACGACGAGAUGAUGACUCUCAUGGACGAAGGAAACAAGGCACGGACGGUCGCGGCUACCAAUAUGAAUGAAACAUCCUCCCGUUCUCAUGCCGUAUUCACGUUGCUGUUGACCAUGAAGCGGCAUGACGUGGAAACUAACAUGGAUACUGAAAAGGUAUCUCGAAUUAAUCUCAUCGAUCUGGCUGGUUCAGAGCGAGCAAACUCGACGGGUGCUACUGGACAGCGACUGAAGGAAGGAGCCAACAUCAAUAAAUCUCUGACAACCCUAGGCAAGGUCAUCUCAGCUCUUGCGAUGGCGAGCCAAGUAGAUCCCGGGAAGAAGGGGAAGAAAGGGAAGGCAGACGAGUUCGUCCCUUAUCGCGACUCGGUAUUAACGUGGCUACUCAAAGACAGUCUGGGGGGCAAUUCGAAGACUGCGAUGAUCGCAGCUAUAUCCCCAGCUGAUUAUGAAGAGACUCUGAGUACGUUGCGGUAUGCCGAUCAGGCAAAGAAGAUAAAGAACAAGGCUGUGGUGAACGAGGAUCCGAACGCGAAGCUGGUACGCGAACUCAAGGAGGAAUUAGAGAUGCUCAGAGCACGCGUCUCUGGUUCAACGGCAGAGGAUACAUUCGAUCCAACGAUACCGCCUGAGAAGCAGAAAGUCACUUACCAGACGAAGGAUGGCAAGAUCAAGACCGUGACGAAGGCAGAAUUGCAGGAACAGAUGGAGACGGGUGAGAAGCUCAUGCAGAGCUUGAACGAGACAUGGGAACAGAAGAUGCAACGGACCCAGGAAGUACAGAAGGAGCGGGAGAAGGCGCUUGAAGAGUUGGGCAUAACUGUGGAAAAGAAUCUGGUCGGCGUGCAUACACCAAAGAAGAUGCCUCACUUAGUGAAUUUGAACGAAGAUCCACUAAUGAGCGAGUGUCUUAUCUAUCAAAUAAAGCCAGGGCGAACUAUGGUUGCCCGUCUGGAUAGUGAGAAGCCCGCAGCUAUUCGAUUGAGUGGCGACAACAUUCUGGAAGAACACUGUUACUUUGAGAAUAAUAGUGAUGGCAAGGUCUUCCUCCACUCCAUGCCGGACAGCGUCACAUUCCUCAAUGGCAAGCAACUCACACCUGGUCAACCGUAUAAACUACGGUCCGGCUUUCGCAUUAUUCUAGGUGAUAACCAUGUCUUCCGUUUCAAUAAUCCGGAGGAAGUUCGCAAGCAGCGGGAUCGCGCCACUGCAAAAUCCAAUCUUCAACAGAGUCUCACCGCAGAGCAGCUCGAGGGCGACGGAUCCCCUAUCACUCGGCCAGAUUCGCCAGCUUCAUCUACGGGCGAUGUCGAUGUCGAUUGGACAUUUGCUAAACGAGAGGCGGCUUACGCGCGACUUGGACUGGACCCUCAGCUAGAUAACCUCCCGGAUGAUGAUCUCAAUCGGCUUUUCGAGAAGAUUACCAAGGUCAAGACAAUGCGAGACCACAAUCUCAAAUCACGGCCCGAAAGCAGCCUCAGUCAGGCUGACGAUGUCUGGAGCGAAACCGGCAGACCAUUGCCUAGCGAUGCUACCGAUGAUACCAGUGUGGAUGCAUUACCCAGUCACGGAAGUCCCGAGAUAGGCGAUGUUCUCCGCGAUACACAGGACCAACUCGAAAACCGGUUGCAAGUUAUGAACGGCGACAUAGUUGAAGCCGAAGAUUUGAAAGUCGAAAAGGAACACAUGGAGCAUCAACUAAAUCUCGUUCGCAAUCAGAUAAAGCGGCUUCUCGAUGCUCGUGCCCGUGGGGACACAGAUGCUGUUUUGGCCGAUUACGAGCCAGUUAUUUAUUCCGCGAAACAACUACGACUGAUCAGGAAGGUCCUGGACAAAUGGCGGGCGCAUCGUUCCUUUUCGAUGGCAGAAGUUGUGUUGUCCAAUGCUGUCGUGGUGAAAGAAGCCAACAUCAUCAGCAAGGAACUGGGCAAGGAGACUGUAUACAAUUUCACGAUCUCAUCUGGUGGCUCAUUGGCUGCACCCACAUCGGCCGUCGAUACCAUCGCUGGUCUAGAUGAAUUCGGUGACGUUGCUGACCCAGUCUUAGCGUCCUCUACGCAACCUGCUGUGGCCGUCAAGGUUCUAGACAAGCGUCAUAACGCUAUCUACACAUGGUCCCUUGACCGUAUGCAACAUCAACUGCAACGGAUGCGCAAUCUUACUACGUUUAUUGAUCGGCCAUCGUAUACCCAACACUUCUCCUCCGAUGAACCCUUCUACGACUCGCCGCCACCGGAGUAUUCAUUCAUUGGCAAUGCGCUCGUCUCGUUAGCUUCUCUUUCUCGCCGCCUUUCCUCAACUUCCACCGUUCCGAUCUUUUGCCGCUAUACUUGUGAAGCCAUAGGCUCCUGCCGAAUAGACAUCAAGAUUGUCAACGUCGUGGUUCCGCAAAAGCUUACGAACGGCUCAGCGGUUUCUACCCGGUCUUCAUCUCCCAAUCCUGGCGCCGUUCCUCCUGGAAGCAAACUGAGUUUCUUCUUGACCGUCGACUCGAUCAAGGGCCUCUCCUCUCAUGAUUUCUCUGCCGUCCAUCUACAAGUCCGGCUGUCCUCCCUAGUAGGACCCGCGUUAGCUUCUGAAGAGGUUUUCCCUUCCUUAGCAAUCAACCUGGAGAAUUCCUCCCUGUCGGAUUUGAAAUUCCGUCGCAGUUUCUCCAUUGUUGCGUCAUCGAAGACAUUGUCACACCUUCGCCAGGGCUAUGCACCAGUGGAAUUCUUCGCCGCUAUCAGACCCACUUACCUAGAGAGAUUAGAGCGUUGGGAUGAAAUGAGGGAACAGAAGUUCCUUCCUCCUUCGAAUUCUCCUACCCCUGAAGCUAAGCCAGCUACCCUGCCACUGAUGCGACGUUCUGAGAACGAUUUCGUCGUUCAGCAAACCCAUGACGUCGUCUCGUGGCUUCAAGUAUGCGAACUUGGUUCCGAUGGCGAGUAUACGCCCGUGCCCGUGAUCUCUCAAGGUUCUCUUGACCCGGGUUCAUUUACCUUGCAUCAGGGGCUGCAGCGGCGCAUCGUUAUUUCAUUAUCGUCCAGUUCUGGUCGGCAACUUCCCUGGCUAGAAUUUACCAAAGUUCGAAUUGGCAACGUACGCUUAGUGGACCCCAAAGGACGAAUACACGGAAGCUCGUCGAAAGCAUUGGUACCUCUGCCUCUGCUUAAAGAGCAAUCACUCGAAUUCAAAGCCGAUGGCAGUGGCGUCCUUUCUGCAACAGCUUUGUAUGACUCCAGCGUUCACGACUCCGCCCUAUUGAACAAAGUCACGUCGCCCGAUCACCGAGUGCUCCUACAACUGACCUGGGCUAUUGCGGUAGAAACCUGCGCCGAGCCUGUUCAAUUCAGCAUGGACGUUGCCAUCACCAUGCAAACACGGGACGCCAGACCACCCUCUGGGUUGCUAAGAAUAUUGGGCGGAAAGAAAGUGCUGUACAAGACUAGUACUGUUUUCAGCGUGCGACUCUCCCCUCCCCUUACUCGCUCACCCAAAGACCUUUGGCGGCUUGAUACUUCCGAAAAGUAUGUUCGUGGGGAGGAGGCACUUGGCGUCUGGAAACCCCGUGGUAUCUCGGUCGUCGAAGACUACAACCGGCUUGUAGCUACAGAACGACGCGCCGCAGAUGUUCAAGCCAUCCGAGUUAUUUUAGCCCACUCGCGAGUUCGACAGGUAGCCCCGGAAUCCAACAUCUGGCGAUCCGAAGAUCUACUCAAGAAGUCGCUAGACUUGUGGCACAAGAAAUUCGGCCAUCGUGGAGAGAUUGUACUCAGCCAGGAUCCAACAGACCCCGAAGAAUCGACUUCGUCCCUACCAAGCAUGCAAGACAUUGAGACUAUGGAAGGCUUGAAAUUGAUCUCCGAAACCAAGCUUGUACCUCGGAUCGACACCGCUGUCAAGAAGGGGCAUCUCAACAUACUCGUCAACGCCAACGAAGACAUAUGGGAGCGGCGUUGGUUUGUAUUGAAACGCCCGUACCUCCAUAUGUAUUCGCGGUCAAACGAGGUCGAAGAACUCGGGGUUGUCAAUUUGUCUGGCGUCAACAUUGAGAAUGAUCCCCAGAAGGAAUUGUUACUCGGGAAACCUCACACAUUCACUCUUUUCACAUCGUCGAAUUCAUACGCGCUCGCGGCUCCAAGCACGAAGGAGCUUAAUGCUUGGUUAUCUAAGUUGGAUCCUACACGUUCGCUGUCGUAA